UUUCACAAAUACGUCUGUGACUUUGAGAUCAUUCGCCAUUUCAUCACUGUCUUGUGUUGGAGUUUUUAUCUGCACUGCUUUGAUUCGAUCGAUGAAUGUUAAUCGAUCGAAAAACCUUCGCUUCAGAGGCUACAAUACAGCCAUUGCACUGUAGAAUUCAGAUCGAUAUCUGGCCGGAAAGUGGCGGUUUCCGUUCGAGCUCGCCGGAAUUUCGGCUGCCAUCACAGAUUGAUUAGAUUGGGGUUGAAUAAGCAGAAAUAGUGAUUUUCUUCGUUAAAGAUUCAGGAUUUCAAUAAAACUUGAUUCUAACUAGCUGAAUGGAAACUCCUGGAGGGCAAAGGCCAGGGAAUGUACGCCCUGGUACAAACCCUAAUGCAAUUGCUAAUAGUAUGCAAAAUCUUGAGAUUAAUCAACAGCAAUUGAGUAACCUUGGUGGUAGUGCCCCUAGACCUUCUAAUCCUCCACCAUUCAGCCGCCAGCCGCCGCCUUUUACUGGUGGCAGACCAGGUCCACCCCCACCCAGUGCCUUCCCCAGGAGUCAUUUACCUUCUGGUCCACCUUCUCAAACUAUGGGGCCUGCUAGACCCACCAGCUCUCCAUUGGUUGCACAGCCUCCUCCUUUUGUAUCGAGACCUGCCCCACCCGGGGCAUUUCCUUCUUCACUUGCAAGGCCUUCUGCUGCUGCUGCUGCUGCUGCCCCACCUUCCGGGACUGGUCCUCGUCCAAUGUCUGUUUCGUCAACCCCUCUUACAUCACAGCUUUCAACUCCGCCUCAAACUGGAAAUAUGGUUAGCAAUGGACCACCUGCAUUUGCCCUAGGGGCAACACAAGGUGGGCCUCAGUUCCCUCCUGUUGGUAGUAAUAUGCCCAAGCCUUCAGUUGGACAUCCACAGUCUCCAGUUGUGCCUCCUGGGCCGUCUUCACAGCCUCUACAUCAGCGUCCUGGUUUUGGUAGUUCCUCCUUUGGUGCAUCGUCGUCGAUGGGACAACCAGCUCCACCAUUUUCAGCUCCGGCACACACUCCAUUUUCAGCCCAAUCACAAACCAUGCCGCUGCCUCCAGGCUCAUCUCCCUUUUCACGUCCAGUUCCAGGCAUGCCUCAGCCAUCUAGUUCUCCUUUUGGGAUGCAGGGAUGGCGACAGCGGCCUCAACAGGGUGCUCCACCACCUUUCCCUGGUCAGCAGCAGCCAUAUGGCAUGCCAUCAGGUGGACCGCCGCUUCCAAACCAAUCCAUGGCUUUGGGUCAAACAGGGCAGUCAAAAAUUGAUCCCAACCAGAUACCCCGCCUGACCCCAAAUUCUACUGUUAUUUUUCAUGAGACACGACAAGACAAUCAGGCUAACCCUCCCCCGCCUGCAACAAGUGAUUAUAUAGUUAAAGAUGCUGGGAAUUGUAGUCCACGAUACAUGAGGUGUACCAUAAACCAGAUUCCGUGCACUGUAGAUCUUCUUUCAACAUCUGCAAUGCAGUUGGCUCUGCUGGUCCAGCCUUUAGCUCUUCCCCAUCCAUCCGAGGAACCUAUCCAAGUUGUUGAUUUUGGGGAACAUGGUCCAGUUCGAUGUUCUCGUUGCAAAGGCUACAUUAAUCCUUUCAUGAAGUUUAUUGAUCAAGGGAGACGCUUCAUUUGUAACUUAUGUGGAUUUAUUGAUGAAACUCCACAAGACUAUAGGUGCAACUUAGGUCCAGAUGGUCGCCGUAGAGAUGCUGAAGAGAGGCCUGAACUAUGCAGGGGAACUGUUGAAUUCAUUGCUACAAAGGAAUAUAUGGUGCGAGAUCCAAUGCCUGCUGUGUAUUUCUUCCUUGUUGAUGUCUCAAUGCAUGCCAUACAAACUGGUGCUACUGCAGCAGCAUGCAGUGCAAUUAGCCAAGUUAUAUCUGAUCUUCCUGGGGGUCCUCGAACAAUGGUUGGAAUAGCUACAUUUGACUCUACCAUCCACUUCUACAACUUAAAACGGGCUUUGCAACAGCCAUUGAUGCUUAUAGUUCCUGAUGUACAAGAUGUCUAUACUCCACUUGAAAGUGAUGUUAUUGUUCAACUUGCUGAGUGCCGUGAGCAUUUAGAGAUGCUGCUGGAAAACAUUCCUACAAUGUUUCAGAAUAAUAGAAUUGGUGAUUCAGCUUUUGGUGCUGCUAUAAAGGCUUCUUUCCUAGCAAUGAAAAGUACUGGUGGCAAACUUCUUGUUUUUCAAUCAGUGUUGCCAUCUAUUGGUAUUGGAUCCCUUUCUGCUAGAGAUGCUGAGGGCAGAAGUAGCAUAUCAGCUGGGGAAAAGGAAGCUCACAAAUUACUCCAACCAGUGGAUAAGACACUCAAAGCCAUGGCCAUUGAAUUUGCUGAGUAUCAGGUCUGUGUUGAUUUGUUUCUGACAACUCAAACAUAUGUAGAUGUGGCUUCUCUUUCUGUUGUUCCAAGAAUGACUGGAGGCCAGGUGUACUAUUACUACCCUUUUUCAGCACUUUCCGAUCCUGCCAAACUUUACAAUGACCUGCGGUGGAAUGUCACAAGGCCACAAGGCUUUGAAGCAGUUAUGCGAGUUAGAUGUAGCCAGGGCAUUCAAGUCCAGGAAUAUUAUGGAAACUUCUGUAGGCGCAUCCCAACUGAUGUGGAUCUGCCCGCAAUUGACUGUGACAAAACAUUGAUGGUGUCCCUGAAGCAUGAUGAUAAAUUGCGAGAAGGGUCAGAAUGCUCUUUUCAGUGUGCCCUUCUUUACACCACUGUAUAUGGCCAAAGAAGAAUCCGAGUAUCAACAUUAUCUCUGCCCAGCACCAACAUGCUAAGCAAUCUGUUCCGAUCUGCUGAUUUAGACACACAAUUUGCUUGUAUCCUGAAGCAAACGGCCAUUGAAAUUCCUUUGGCACCCCUCGCUCAAGUCAGGGAACAAGCCACAAAUGUUUGCAUUAGCAUCUUAUAUUCCUACCGCAAGUUCUGCGCAACGGCUGCUACCUCUUCCGGGCAACUUAUUCUGCCAGAAGCACUGAAACUGUUGCCUCUAUACACCCUCGCUUUACUCAAAUGCAAUGGAUUGCGUCUGGAUGGACGAAUUGAUGACCGGGCAUUUUGGAUAAAUUAUGUUAGCCCUCUACCUAUUCCUUUCAUAAUCCCAUUGGUGUACCCUAGGAUGAUAUCGAUUCAUGACCUCAAUGAAAAGGUGUCAGAUGAUCCUAUUAUUCCAAGCCCUAUUCCACUGUCCAGUGAGCAUGUUUCUGAUGAGGGAAUAUAUCUCCUUGAGAAUGGAGAUGACUGUUUGAUUUAUGCCGGUAGCUCUGUUGAUAAAAAUGUCUUGCAGCAGUUGUUUGGCGUUUCGGCCAUUGAAGAAAUCCCUAUCCAGUUUAUUGUUCAGCAAUAUGACAAUCCAUUGUCGAAGAAGCUAAAUGCCAUUCUCAAUGAAAUAAGGCGACAGCGCUCAUCCUACCUGCGAAUGAAACUUUGCAAGAAGGGAGAUGUAUCAGGGACAAUGUUCUUCUCCCACAUGGUGGAAGACAAGACGCCGGGCGGGCUCUCAUACGUCGAGUACCUCAUACACAUACACAAGCAGAUUCAGAGUAGAAUGGAUUGAAUAAGACAAGACACCAACACAAAACAAUCCCAAAUUAGAAAGUUUUGUAUUGUCCCAAAAAUGUUAUUCAGCAUAUUAAUUUGGAGAAAUCAUCCUUUAUCUUUAGUAUUUUA